AUGCUGCUUGUUAAUGAGCCCACCCCGCACGCGACCGACGGCCCAGAUCAGACGAACUGCAGCUCUCGUCCGAAUGCUCGGGAGAUGGACCAUGCACAACAGCGCCUGCUCGAGAAUGCCAAAUCUUCGGCAGGCGGCCAUCGCCUCGGCGUCAAUGGCCUCGCCGUCGAUGCGGACAACGCCAUCCUAACAGCUUCGCUAACACAUACGCCCUCUCUCUCCAGCUACUCUGGCGGACGAGAUGGGAUGAUUUGCGCCUGGGACCUGAACCUUGACCUACGGCACCGAACCGACAUCAUCGACGAUGCAUCCGCGAAACCAAAGUCGACCACGACGUUCCGAGCCCAGACGCAGGCGCAUAUGCACUGGAUCAACGACCUCGCUCUAGCACAGCACAACUCCGCCUUGGUAUCGGCAUCUUCCGAUCUCACUGUCAAGGUGUGGCGACCACACUCUCAGGAAGACGGCGCCCGCGCCCAGAAGAUUGGAGAGCAUGACGACUACAUCAAGUGUGUCGCAACGCCACCGAGCGAUAUGAAUGCCAACUGGGUUGCCUCGGCGGGCCUGGACCGCAAAAUUUGCCUCUGGGAUCUCAAUGGCGGGGGCAAGACGCUCGAGGUCAACGUCAAGGGCGAGGAGACUACCGAGAAGGGGUCUGUCUACGCUCUCGCCGUCGGUCGCAAUCUCAUCGCCAGCGGCGGCCCAGAAAAGACGGUCAAGCUCUACGAUCCUCGCACUGGCUCCAAAGUCUCCAACCUCGUCGGCCAUAUAGACAACAUUCGCGCCAUUCUCAUCGACGACGUGGGCGAUACCAUACUGAGCGCCAGUGCCGACAAGACUAUCAAGAUGUGGAGUGUCAAGGGCGGUCGGUGCAUGUACACGUUUACAAUGCAUGACGAGAGCAUCUGGUCUCUGUAUUCAGAUGACCCUCGCCUCGGCAUCUUCUACAGCAGUGAUAGGUCGGGUCUCGUCGCCAAGACCGACGUACGAGGUAGCCUAGAGGACAUUGAUGAUGGACUGAGUCUCGCUGUUGCACAGGAGCAUUUCGGUGUCUCCAAGGUUGUGGCUGCGGGCGGUCACAUCUGGACAGCUACGAACCGAUCGUCAAUUAACCGCUGGGAGGACGUGGACACAAGCGCAAACCUGCCGCUUCCCGAAGAGUACCGCCGUCAACGCGCAAUGUCGGCUGCGUCCAACAAGACAAGGCAGUCAACGGCAACUACUCAGCCGCAAACAAAUGGGUCAGCCAAGAAGGAAAAGGAGAUACCCGCCGAGUCGAUUCUGAGAAUAUCCAACACAGCCACCUUCCCGUCGCGCACGCCUUUGGACCCAGAACCAACCCCCGGUAAUGAUGGCUUGUCAAGAAAGGGAUCGGAAGUGGCCGUGGAACAACCUGAGCCGGAGAUCAAGCCCAUCCACACCCUGCCAAAGGAGGGUCUUGACUUUGGAUACGGCUGGCGAUGUGUUGCUGUGGGACUUAAUCAAGGUAUGCCUCUGUCGAACCCCUUUAUUGCCGUUGAGCUUCGAGGUGGCCGCCCCAUGCUUACAGCUAUGCAGUGUAAACCUAUUCAAAGUUUUGGAAAGCAACAUCUCGAAGACGUCGAGAGGCAGGUAAAUACGCGAGAAGCAGUAGCUCCUUGGUGCUCAGUUGACUUGAGUUCCGGCAAUCUCACUGUCGUGUUGGAGCCCUUCAACUGCUUCGACGCCGAGGUGUACGCUGACGAACUCGAAUUGGAUGAGCCCAUUGAGUUUAGGGAUGACCAAAGAGUGAGCCUCGGUAAAUGGAUCCUACGGUACUUGUUUGCCAAUCUUAUUGACGAGGAAAUCCGCCGCGACGAGUCUCAUCGCUCAAAGCUGAACGAAGGCGUGGAGAAAAGACAGGCUGUCGGCCGGGCGGAGGCGCCCUCGUCAAUCGUCAUUCCCGGGCCUGGUAUCGGAGCUAUAUCAGAUCAGCUCCUGACGCCACGCGCAAGUGCCCCUCAUCUUCAGGUGGUCACCCCUGGUCUAGCGAUUGGGCUGGCAUCGCCUGGCGUUCAAAUGACGCUCCAAGGCGUGCCAGAGGAAGCGGUUGCGAGCCCCUUGGAAAAGGAAGUUUCUCGUCCAUCGGCUGAGAACGACUACUUCACAGCUGGCAUUGCGCCAGCUGGUGGCGCCGCGGCUGCCCCUGCGGCGGCAGAGACAUCAGAGCCAAAGACAUCUACGGAUAAUAGCAAUGAGAAACCCAAGGAGAAGGAGAAGGCUACCGAUAGUAAAUCGCCAUUCAGCAGAAAAUUCCGCAUGUCAUUCAGCUCCAAGAGGAUCGGCCGAUCGGCAUCUCAGGCAACACAAGAGAAGCCCGUCGUUGUGGACGACAAGGCCGACGAGUCUGAGUCUUCUUCCAACCACGAAAAGGAGGUUGAUGACAGCUUCUUUGGCGUGAUCCAGAAGAUCCGAAACGAAUACGACAAGCAAAUUGCCGAGUCUCCCGACAAAUUCGUCGAGACGCGAGUAACGCCGAGCUUGCCAUCCGACACACCCGUUCUGAAACUCCCCCUCGGGACCAAGGUCAUUAUACAGGAGGAAACGUCUGGUGGCAGUGCAAACCUGUAUCAAGGAACGGUGGAGAAUCUCGGCAGAGAUGCCGACAUCAUCGAGCAAAAAGCGCCCAUGUGGCUCGGUGACGUGUUACUACAGAACCAGAUCCCCCUGAAAGACCCUGUCAAGAUAUCCUUUGUCUUGCAACCCAUGGGCAACCUGCCUCCCAUUGCGACGGAUGGUAACAGCCGUCUGAACGCUAACCGGAUGCUGCGGGUAAAGAAGAUUCUGGGCUACGUUUCCGAGAGGAUUGAGCCAGAGCAAGAGGAGGACCCCAACGCGCUCAAGCCCGAAGAGUACCUCGAACUGUAUUGCAAUGACCAGCUACUUCACCCAACAAUGAACCUGGCCACGCUCCGGACCCACGUCUGGAAGGGUGGAAGCGACAUUAUGCUCUACUACAAAGCCAACGGCCGCAAAGAAAUCCUCCCGUUGCCAACAAUUUCCAGUGCGCAGUCGGCGGAAGCGAGCGUGCCACCAGUUCCACCACUGCCCGCAGGGGAGGCGGCGACUGAGACUACCAACGGUGUAUAA